GGAAGGUCCACCCAUGGGUUAAUCUGUAUUCCUGACUACCAGUACACCAUGAAGACAUACACAACCCCAGAAGAAGAAAACCUCUCCUCAGCUGUUCCUUCUCACUCAGGUACAUCCCAAAGACUUCCUGUCUAAUGGAGCUGACAUCCUCGCAGGAUUACCCCCCUGAUGUCAUUUCAACAAGACACAUCAACGUCAAGACAGCGCUGAGGAAAUGAGGUUCUUAUAGGGUCUUCAGCAAGACAGUUCAUGCUCUGGUGUUUAUCCACUUACAUCAACUGUAAACAGAGGCAGUUUCACAAUAAGGCAAAGUGAGACAACUACCUCACAGGCAAAGGGUUUCGCAGCAGCCAGCACUGAAAAUAGACCUGCAGCAUAUCUCCAACAAAGCGAAACAGACUGGCUCUUCAGGGACACACCAAACCAGAUUGGAGUGCGGGCAGUGGAACUUCUCCGACUGAAUGGAGAGGGAGCGAUUUGCUUCACAGCCAGAUUUGCCAGCAGAUCAUUGUGCAGCCAUUGUAUGUGGAAACUGGAGGUUUUGCAGGCCUGAAAGGAAACAACUUAACGCAACCAGCAGCAUUUACAAACUCCCAGGAAAUGGACGUGGCUCUCCUGAUCCUCCUUUCAGCUGCAGGAGAGGAUGCUGGAACUUUCUGCCAAGCGUGGAGGGCCAACCAAACCUGGGGGCAAUUCUAACGCCCCACAUGACAUCAUGGGGGGGAAAAAUCUGAGAACGCCUUGUUUCAGCACACAUUUUCUGAAAGGUGGAGAAAGAGAGAGGGUCUUUAAGCCCAAAAAACACUGGUGCCCGACCGUUGUGUCAUUUGACGCACCUCAACUGCCUUCAACGCCACUUCAACAGUUUAAUUUCCACCAGCCACUGCUGGGCUGGGAGGUUGAUGUCAGAGCUGAAAGCUUGCCUGGGGUCGCCUCCCCGCAUCACAAGGUGGUGGCUCUGAAGUUCAUGCACAAAGUGGGUCGUUCCGAAAAGGAGCUGAGGAGUCUCAAGAGGGAGAUCGACAUUAUGAGGGACCUUCGACAUCCAAAUAUUGUCCAACUUUAUGACAGCUUUGAGACUCAAACCGCGGUUGUUGUUGUGACUGAGUAUGCAGAGGGUCAGUUGUAUCAGAUUCUUGAGGAUGAUGGGCACUUACCAGAAAGCCAGGUGCGUGAGAUUGCCUGUCAUCUGGUUUCAGCUUUGUAUUAUUUACACUCCCAUCGCAUUCUUCAUCGUGAUAUGAAACCACAAAACAUACUGCUGGGGAAAAAUGGGGUUGUGAAACUGUGUGAUUUUGGGUUUGCUCGAGCCAUGAGUGUCUCCACCUUAGUGCUGACUUCUAUCAAGGGAACACCUCUGUACAUGUCUCCCGAGCUGGUGGAGGAGAAACCAUACGACCACACUGCUGAUCUCUGGUCACUAGGAUGCAUCCUGUACGAACUCCACACGGGGGCGCCUCCGUUCUUUGCCAACUCCAUCUUCCAACUGGUGCAGCUUAUACUGAAAGACUCCGUCAAAUGGCCGGACAGUAUGAGCCCCACCUGCAUGAGUUUCCUGAAAGGUUUGUUAACCAAAGACCCUCAGAAGCGUUUGUCAUGGCCGGACCUCCUGCACCAUCCCUUUGUAGCUGACGGUGUUCUAGUGCUGCCAGACACAACAGUUUUUAAUCCUCUGACAGUCGCACCCAGCCCAGACAUGUUGGCAUUAAAACUCCAGCAAGUGGCAGACAAGAUGGUACCGAACUUUGGAGAGAGCCAAAUAGUGCGAAAGGCCCGAGCACUGGAGGCUGCCAACAAGGAGAAACCCCCAGGCAGUGACACUGCAAAAGAGAAGAAGAAUGGAGUGGGAAAUGAAAGGAACAACCUGGCAGAAGCAGCAGCAUCUUCAACAGCAGACCAUUUCUCCUCUGAUGUCUCUACUAUCCCAAGACCCUUUCUGAAGACAGACAAUCAACAUCGUAACCCAUACAAUAAAGGCAGCAUGAGAUCAAAACUCAGGGGUAAGAUCAGCAUGGACUAUCAACAGGAGUUCCCCUCUGUAGAAGUCGGUCCGCGUCUGGUUCGGAGAUGCAGUGAGGCUAGUUAUGCGUUACAGCAGGCUGACGAUGGGGACUACUGGCAAAAACUAGCUCAAGAAUCAGAUCCAAUCAGGCAGCAGCAACAACUACUAAACACUGGUGCCAUUAUACCGCAUCUGAAAACCAGGAUGAUGGCUUUUAAAGCUCAGUUAGUAGGUGGCAUUGUUAAAGAGAAAGAUCACCAACCACUAAAGGUCUUACAUAACCUGAUUUUGGCCUCUGACGAUGAGAAGUUGUACCACAUUGGUUGUGAACUUGGACUACCCUACACCCUCUUCGACUUAAUCCAUGACGCAGUAGAAAGCACACAUUACAACAAGCAUUCAUGGAGUGUGCCUGUACUCGCAGACAUGAUUGCUGUGCUUCUGAUCUACUGGGAGAGGAACAGUGACUGGGUGAAGGCAGAUGAUAGUCUGGAAGGCUGGAAUAGGCCGGAAACAUUCACAAAGCCUUUCAUUGCAAUUCUCAAUCAACCAAACCUCACUGAGUUGGCUCCUCUGGCUGCCUCUGUUUUGUAUCUUUUUAUACAUCAUGAUGUUGAUGUCCGAGUCGAUCUGAACAGUGUUGCAUCCCUGCUGAAAAAUGUUCUUCAGAAUGAGCCUCGGUUUUCUCUUCCCUCUGGUUGGGGACUCAGCGACGGCCUGCUGUUUUUACUGUGGCAUACAUUCCCUGAGCAUGAAAACAUCUCUGGAUCAUCAGGUUUAGAUCCAGAACUGUUUCUUGAUUUGUGGAAGAGAAUCGGCACUUCUUUAGCUGAGACUCAAACAGACUUUUGUUCUGCAAAAGGGCUGUAUUCCUUUCUGUCAGUCACCUUGUCUUUCUUCACCAAGGAACCAUACUCAUGCAUUCCCCUGUUUACUGACCGCCAGUCAAAAUGUGCUUACUCUCUUGGCCGGCUGCUGAGCACGGAUUGUCCUCAUUUGUUUGCUAGAGGCAGUCCUGAGAGACGUGAUGUGGAUCCAAGUCCCGACUGCCUGUCUUUGUUGAGCUGCCACUUGUUGUGUUUUCCAUUCGCCUUGGACCUGCCUUCACACUCCAUGUCCACCAUCAUCCAGCUGUACGACAGCUGUGGCAUCGUUGUAAGCCUCCUGCAGGUUAUUCAAACUUUUCCUGCCGCGCUAUUAGAGAUACCUCUCUCCCUACUGGGCCGCUUGUUCCUGUGUGACCCUGAGCACUCCAUUCCCCAUCUCAAAAACAAUACUUGUGGACUUUUUGUGCCACCUGGAAACAGUCACCUGACAGCUACAAAAAACAAGGCUCAGCUCACCAGAACAGCCAGCUCUCUGCUCUCUGACCUGCUGCAGGAGGAGGACCUGUGGGAAUCUGCAGUGGAGCUCCUAAAUGUGUUGUCCCAUAUGGCUCGCUGCUCUGCUCUGCUUUCCGGCUUUCAGCUUCACCUGGAGGCCACAGUGCUACACCGGGCACUGGCUCAUCCUUAUGACAAAAUCAGGGCUGCCACACUGAGACUUUUGGGAUAUUUAGAUCCUUUCAGGCCUUACACACUACACGCCUUAACACCUGACAUAUUUAGAAGCAUGAUAGAUUUUCUUCAUGAUUCCUGCUUGUCUGUGCGGCGAACAGCCUGCAGAGCAGUUGGAAAUUGGUUGGGACACAUUGCAACGGGAACAGGGUGUAAAGCAGGUGAUGAAGGAGGUUGGGCCAAAGACGGGGAACAAAAUAAACACGCACGUACACAAAGUAAAGCUGCAGAUUUGACUACUAUAGCAGAGCAAGGAUUGGACAAGAAUGAAGUGGGCAGAUGGACAGAGGAAGCCAGGGGGACGGUGGGCAUAUUGGCGUCUCUGCUCUCUGACCCUGAUGCUCUCAUGCGUCGUCACUGCUGUGCCGCCUUGGGAAACCUGCUAAAUGUUGAAGGUGCUGUUACUUUGUUGUUGGAAGAGGACAUUCCCAACAUCCUUCUGAAAACUGCGUGCUCCGAUUCCCACAAUGCAGCGAAACAAACUGCCAUAGCAACCCUGUGUCUGUACAGCCAGCAGGGCACAAUACGACAGGCCCUGAUGUCCCUGAAUGCCACUGAUAAACUUAUUGAAGCUUCACAGCAUGCUCCUCCACACUGUGACUAUCUGCAGCUCAUAGCGCUGCUGUGACAGUCCUGCUUACUGAGUGGGAGCAGUGACACCUGGGCAUCAUUAUUCUCUUCUGACACCAAUGCGUCUUCUUUUUGUAUGCACUGUAGUAGAGAAUAAAAGAAAAUGA